AUGUUAGUGACAGGGCCUCACCCUCUAAGAGGGCACAUAUUACUCGCCCUCUUCCUUUUAACGGGGUGUUUCGCUUUGCUGUCACGGGCGGCCGCUUUCCCGGACUGGACCGACUGUCCCGCGGUUUGCCGAUGCAAGUGGACCUCCGGCAAGAAGUCCGCUUUGUGUCCGGACGCCGGCUUAACGUCGCUGCCGGCAUCCCUCGAUCCGGACAUGCAGGUGCUCGACUUAUCUGGCAACAAGAUACCUGCUCUGAAAGAGGAGAUAUUCAAGCUGGCCGGCCUGGUGAAUCUGCAACGGGUCUUUCUACGUAAUGCCGGCAUCUACAGUAUCCAUGCGGACUCUUUCAAAGAUAUGAGAAUACUUAUCGAGAUCGAUCUGUCGGACAAUCACGUGACAACCUUAGAGCCGAAUACAUUUCUUGGGAAUGAGCGCCUGCGCAUUUUGAUACUUAGCGGAAAUCCACUCGGUACUUUGCGUAAUCUACAGUUUCCUGUACUACAGCAUCUGCGAAAUUUAGAACUGCAACGAUGCUCCUUGACUGAAGUACACGGACAGGCCUUUGCCCGGCUAACCGGAUUAGAAUUCUUAAAGUUGGAUACUAACCAACUGGAAUAUUUAGAAUCCUCGGUGAUAUCUGGUUUAUCUCGUUUGAAAACUUUAACGCUGGAUGGCAACCGAUGGAGAUGCGACUGCAGACUACGAGAUUUCCGCACCUGGCUCAUCCCCGACGUACCCAGCAAAUUGUAUUCCGUGCCACAAAUCUGCUCAGGUCCACCGAGAUUGGAAGGCCGCAGAUGGGAGGACGUGAAACCUACUGAAUUUGCCUGCGAACCAAAAGUAUUCGUUUUGGCGAGCAGUAUACAAGAGGAGACCAACGGUAACUUCAGCUUGGCGUGUCGGACGAGCGGCGAUCCCGAGCCGGAAGUUUGGUGGCAAUUAAACGGCGGACCAGUCAAUACUACCAAAUCAACUGAUCAACCCUACAUGGGGACUCUCGUCAUUUACGCGACGUCCGAGGCUGGCGUGUCUUCCAACGACAAGUCUGCGUCCCGAACCGUCGGUGAUCGAUGGAGUAAUCUGACCGUUUACAAUGCCAGCGACAGCGACGCCGGCGAGUACGCCUGUUUUGCGAAGAAUAUCGCUGGUCUCGCGCGAGACACGGUCAACGUGGCGAUACCUCGUGUUUAUACGGCCCCAACACUCUCUCAGAGCGACAACUGGCUGCUCUGGGUAAGUCUGGCUGGAGGCGGCGCGGCUGCCGCGUGUGCUUUCAUCUCGGCCGUAUUGCUGAUACUUUGUUUGUGCGGUGGAAACCGACGGCACAGUAAACGGGAGAAGGUGAAGCUGCAAGGCAGCAGCAGUUUCGGCGAUCAGGAGAAGAAGUUGCUAGACCUGUCGGUGACCACCACCACGACGCCCGGCAAUAGUAACGAUCGCGGCAGCGGUCACAGCAGCAUCGGCGAGGCGUGUAGCACCGGUGACCUCGAGCUGGCGGAACGCGGCUCUAUCUGCGAUCCUAUGGCUGCGGCCGCGGUCACCGUCGAGCGGCUGCGACCCGCCGACAGCUCGGUGAACACCAUUCGCGCGGUUCCAUGCGCCGCCACGGCCACCGCCGGCGUAUUUCCGCCCCCGCCGCCGGAAUUUACCACCGGGGUGCUGCCGGCUGGGAUCUUCGGCAACAUCUUCAUCUCCGUGUCAUUGCCACAGGAUGCGUCGUCGGAGCGCUGCUAUCCGGAUCUCCUCGACAUCCCCGUCCACGCGGUUAGCGGCGCUACGACCACCGUUACGAGCGGCGGCAAGGCCGCGGCUUUGCCGUCAGCAGCAGCGAUCAACGUUUCCAGCUUCGCCACGCUGCCGCGUCGGGCCUUGCGCUCCACCGAGGUCGCCGCCGGCUCGCCUUACGACAAUAUGGGGCCGCGCAUUACGGCAAACGGCAGUUCCGCGUUCUCAUUAACGGACAUAACGGACAUGGAUCUGCGGCUGUCGCCGCCACCACCGCCGCGGAUCAUUCAACCGCCGCAUGAGUUCGUUUCUCUUUAA